AUGAACGAGCUCGGCGUCCUCUACUGCCACAUGGUGGAGCCGAGGAACGGGACCCUGUGCAGCCUUCUGCCUUUCAGGAAGGCGUUCAAAGGUACAUUCAUCGUGAACGGGGGUUACGACAGGGAGGGAGGAGAUGUGGCUGUCGGCGAUGGCUAUGCCGAUCUGGUCUCGUACGGGCGGCUCUUCCUGGCGAACCCCGACCUGCCGGAGCGGUUCAGGAAGAGGGCGGGCCUGAACGAGUAUGACCGGAGCACGUUCUACACCUCCGAUCCGGUGGUCGGCUACACGGACUACCCUUUCCUUGCUCAGGGGCAGGGGACACGAGUUAGCUAA